GACGCUGCAGAGGAGGACUCAACAUCUGAACCGGAGCUGAGCGAAGCUGCGACUGAAUCCUCUAAAUUCCUCUUGGUGCCUCAUUCAUUCUGAUUUUUAACUUAAGUUAGACUUUGCUGUGUCCAGGGAGUCCACUGUGAACACAACCCACCUGCUCAGGGUGUUUGUAUCGGUGAACCGUCGGUAAAUACGCUGUUCAAACAGUUUGCAGCAUCUGCUAACAGCGGCUAGGCUAGCUUGGCGAGCUAACCGGCUUUCAGGCUGCCUUCAGCUCCGGGACCCGGCUAUGAGGAGGAGAAGUUACUUUGAAAGAGGUCCGUCGGUGUUAAUGAUUUGUGAAGCGGAUGAUUGCGCAGUGAACUAAGACUGAGGCGACGGACACCUCAAGUGUUUGAAGAAAGCCAAUGUUUGCUUCAAGCUAUCGGUUAGCCUUCAGUUAAUACUUCAGCUAACAGCAGCUCAUUAGCGACAGGUAACUCAACCCAGGUGCUCCGACACCGAGACAUGGCCAGUAAACCCGUGCCAGACAUUAAAUGCCAGGCUAACGGAGAAAACACACCGGGAGGAGGGUCCGGUUCUGGUCGGUCAGGUCGCUACCAGUCCGAGUCGGAGUCUGACGGUGGCCCGACGGCGAAGAGCUUAGCGCGGCUGUGCAGCAGGGACGAGGAGGAGCGGACGGCGGCUCUGGAGGAGCUCAGCCAGGAGGUUCUGGUGGGUUUGGGUUUGGCUCGGCUGAGUAAACAGACUCUCCUGCAUCUGCUUCGGCUGUCCACGUCCUGUCCUCUGCAGGAGGUCCGGGAGAGAGCGACCGAGCUGCUGCGGACCGCACAGGAACACGGAGUUGAAGUACCGCGGGCCCUGGCCUCAGGUCCAAGUGCCUUUAUCCCUGCAAAAGAGAUGUUGAAAGAAGGGCCGAACCAGGACGUCCUCAUUGAAUCUUUUCUUUCACUGGGUCGUGUGGACCAUGUCACCAUGGUGAUGGCGCUGCACCCAGCCUAUCUCAGUUGCUUCCUGAGGACCCAGCAUGCUUUGUUGGAGCUGGACGGCCCCUUGCCACGUCACUGGAGACACUAUAUCGCCCUCAUGGCUGCAGCUCGACACCAUUGUUCGUACCUGGUGCAGCAGCACAGCACGGGCUUCCUGGAGGCCGGAGGGGAGGAGAGCUGGCUCAGCGGCCUCGAGCACGCUCCCACCAAACUGCACAGCCUGCAAACACUCAACAAGCUGCUGGCACACAGACCCUGGCUCAUUACCCAGCAGCACAUCCAGGAGCUGGUGUGUCCUGGAGCAGACCCUCGCUGGUCGCUGGCUGAACUCAUUCAUGCGGUCGUCCUGAUGGCCCACGCUCACUCGCUCUCCUCCUUCGUAUGGGGCUGCGGUUUAAACCCCGAACCCGACCACAUCGGUGGUUACACCUUCCAGCCACCAUCACCCAGUCACCUUCCUCGUAGCCCUCAUAGUCCCGCUCAUGAGGAUGGCAGGCAAGAGCUGGUGGACGGAGCGAUGGAGGUGGAGGUUUUGAUGAAGAGGAUGGUGGAGCUGCAGCAGCAGCAGGAGGAGGAGUGCACACAGGAGGAGAUGGUUACUCGGUUUGAACGGGAGAGGAGCGAGAGCAUACCAACAGCGGUGGUGCGGGGAGCUCCACCUGACCUGGUGCUGUGUCUGGUGGAGGAACCAGAGUUCAGAUACGAGGACUUUGCCCCCAGAGGAGAGCAGGCACCACCCACCAUGAGAGCACAGGAUUAUUCGUGGGAGGAUCACGGCUUCUCUCUAGUGAACAGACUACUGCCAGACAUGGGCCAGCUCCUGGAUGAGAAAUUCCAGGUUGUGAGCAACUUGACCUACCACAGGAUGGCCAUGCAUGAAGGUGUGGAUACUCACACGCUGAGAAAAGCUCUGUGGAACUACAUCCACUGCCUCUACGGGAUACGCUAUGAUGAUUAUGACUACGGCAGCGUGAAUGUGUUGUUGGAGCGCUCUCUGAAGGUGUAUGUCAAAACCAUGGCCUGUCACCCCGAGCAGACCACGGCGCGCGUAUAUCACGCCUUCUGGAGACACUUCAGACACUCAGAAAAGGUUCAUGCAAAUCUAAUAGUGAUGGAAGCCCGGCUACAGGCAGCCCUUCUUUAUACCUUGCGAGCCAUUACACACUACAUGAGAUGACGCGCCCAAUCACGUUUUUGCUAAUGCUGAGCCAGCUGUGACGUACCACAGUCUAGACAGUCUUGCACACACUACUGCGAAUGUUUGCAUAUCAUAUAUGUCAGUGUUCAUUUUUAUUUCAUGCUGCUUUGUGGUUAUGUUUAACAUUUGUUACCUCUUUUGCACUGAAGUGUAUCAGGCUUCAUGUUCCCCAUUUGAGCCUCGAGUGUUGUUCUGAAUAUCUUGCACACGUUUCUGUCGCGCAGACAUAUCGACAUGCCAAUGAUAUUAGGUCUGACACAACUCAUCAUCAUGAUUCAAGUGUUUCCUUUGCUGUAUUUUCUGUUGUGCAUUUCACAAAUCAAGCACAUCAUUGCUACUCAUGCCGCAGUCCACUCUGUCUGCAGGGCACUGAGGUAAAAUGACAAAAUGUCUUGUAUUUUUUUAAACAAUAAAAAUUACGUUAUUGAAAUUGAA